GGCACGGCACACCUCGGCUCGGCACACCUCGGCUCGGCUCGGCUCAGCCAUGCCGCGGUUCAGCGUGGCAGAGGCCAGGCAGUGGGGGGAUCAGUUUGUGCAGUUCCUGCAGGACACGGGCCGGGAGCAGGAGAGCCGGCGGGACACGCUGCGGAGCAUUUACAACCUGGAGUUUCGGGGCAGGACUGAUACAAAAAUACCCAACUUCUCCUGCAUCUUGUAUGCGCUGAGGGUGACCCACCGGGCGCAGGUGCACGCGGAGUCGGUGCACUUCAAGAAGGAGAAGAGGCGCGUGGUGGUGGCAGACCAGUACCGGAGACCCAGAACGAACGCAAAGGCGUUGGUGUCGGCGUCCGCGACUGUCCCAGGGCAGCAGCCCAGCUCCGGUCCACAAGCGCCCCAGAGCCGCGCCAAGAAGUGGGCUGAGUUCGUCCACGAGAAGCACGGGAUAGAGAUCGUCUCGGAGCACGACAAAGGCAACGGGCACAUCCGCUUCCCGGUGGUGGCCGGCGAGCCCCAGACGGUCACCAUCCUGGUGCAGAACCGCGGAGCGGAGGCUGUGACGCUGCGGCGGUGCCAGCCGCACCAGCAGUCGCGGGAGCUCUCCUUCACGGAUGAGCAAGGGGCGACGCAGGGCCAGUCCCUGCUGCUGCACCCAGGUGGCACGUACCCCAUCCAGGUGCGGUGCCUGACCCCCUGCAAUGGCUACUUCUGUGCCGUGGUGGUCUUCGAGUUCACCAAGGAGCCGGACGAGCCCUUCAGCAUCGGGCGCUACAUCGCUGCUGUCGCCGAGAGCCAGCUGGCCAAGGACCUGGGGCCCUCGGCGCCUUUCCAGCCUUACCAGGCCAGCCUCCAGCGCCCUGUCACUGUCAUCACUGAGGACGGCAUCCCCCCUGACAGCUCCCUGAAAAACGAACUGGAGAGGGAAAUCCCUCUGGGCACCUACCAGUACCCGAAGAGCCUCAAGGACACGAUCCUGCUCGGACCCAAUGCCAGUGCCAGCUCCAGCUGGGCUGCCAUGUGGUCGCUGCUGGAGGCCCCCUUGCAGGCUGAGAACUACCAGCAGAAGUUCCAGCUGCUGCUGCACCUGGAGGAGAUCCAGAUGGAGGUGGACAUACGGCGCUACGACAUGCAGGACGUGCCCAUGGUGCAGGACAGGACACUGCUGGUCCUCGAUGUGCCCGGCGUGGCCGAGAACCGCCCGUCCGUGCUGAAGGGGGACUACCUCUUUGCCCACCUGAGCAGCGAGCGGGACUGCUCCCCGCUCGUCCAGUACAAGGGCUACGUGCACAGCGUGGAGCUGGAGAAGGUCAGGCUGGGCUUCUCCUCCAAGCUGCAGAAGAAGUUUGUGAACAACCUGAGGUUCGACGUGACCUUCACCUUCAGCCGGCUGCCGCUGCAGGUCCAGCACCGGGCUGCAACCCUGGCCAUGCAGCGCGGCUUGUCCAGCCUCCUCUUCCCCUCCGCCUCCUGCCACAAGUCCCUCUUCACAGGCACCUUCCAGCCCCGGUGGUUUGACCGCAAGCUGCAGGCGAACGAGGAGCAGUGCAGAGCCGUGACGCACAUCGUGACGGGGAUGUCCAGGCCAGCCCCAUACCUCAUCUUCGGCCCCCCUGGGACCGGCAAGACGGUCACCCUGGUGGAGGCCAUCAAGCAGGUAUGGACGUGCUUCAAGGAUGCCCGGAUCUUGGCUUGCGCUCCUUCCAACAGCGCUGCAGACCUGCUGUGCCAGCGCCUCAUCAAGGACAUCCCCCCCCGCUACGUCUACAGGCUCAUCGCCAGCUCCAGAAGCUACCAGGAGGUGCCUGCCGAUAUCAGGCCCUGCUGCAACUGGGACGAUGAGCAGAGCUGCUACGUGUACCUGAGCAAGGAGCACCUGGGGCGCUACCGGAUCCUCAUCACCACGCUGGUGACAGCGGGAAGGCUGGUGUCAGCCAACUUCGCCCCAGGGUUUUUCUCCCACGUCUUCAUCGACGAGUGUGGCCAGGCGGUAGAGCCGGAGAGCAUGGUUGCUAUCGCGGGGCUCCUUACCGCCAUGGACCAGGAGACCAACCCCAACGGCGGGCAGCUGGUGCUGGCAGGAGACCCCCAGCAGCUGGGCCCCGUCCUGAGGUCGCCGCUGGCCAUCGAGCACGGCUUGGGCAUCUCGCUGCUGGAGAGGCUGAUGCUGCACAACCCCCUGUACAAGAAGUCAAGCGGAGGAUACGACCCACAGUUUGUCACCAAACUGCUCUGGAACUACAGGUCCCACGAGGCUAUCCUCAAGAUCCCCAAUGAGCUCUUCUACGACAGCGAGCUGAAGGCCUGCGAGAGCGACGAGCUCGAUGUCCGGAGUCUGUAUUGCGCCUGGGAGGAGCUCCCCAAAAAAGGCUUCCCCAUCAUCUUCCACGGGGUUUGCGGGGAAGACCGGAGAGAGGCCAAGAGCCCCUCAUUCUUCAACACGGCUGAGAUCGAGGUGCUGGUCCACUACCUCAAGAAGCUGCUGCAGAGCCGGGGCAAGGGGGGCUGCCCCAGCGUCUCGCCCAAAGAGGUCGGCAUCAUCUCUCCCUACAGAAAGCAGGUGGAGAAGAUCCGGAAAGCCAUCACCUCUCUGGACCCUGUCCUGCGGACGCUGCCGGACAUCAGCCUGCUGAAGGUGGGCUCCGUGGAAGAGUUCCAGGGCCAGGAGCGGCGCGUCAUCCUCAUCUCCACCGUGCGCAGCUGCAGCGAGUACCUCCAGCUCGACCAGACCUUCAAGCUGGGCUUCCUCAAGAACCCCAAGAGGCUCAACGUGGCCAUCACCAGGGCCAAGGCUCUGCUGAUCGUGGUGGGUAACCCGGCCGUGCUCAGCAAGGACCACCACUGGCAGAGGUUCCUCAGGUACUGCAGGGCGGAGGGCGGCUACACGGGAUACCCCUACGAGGACGAGAGCCCCGCGGAGGACGGCCUCGCUGCCGACCUCCACGCGCUGCGCCUCAGCAAUUAGCAACCAGGAAACCCACCUGGGAAAGGAGGAGAAGCCCCGUGGAGCUCCAGCACGCCUCAGCCUGCCCCUGGCCCGCAGCAGCCGCCCGCUCUCCCCCUGCCUCGGUCCCGGGGUGCUCAGUGCGCCGUGCGUCCCUGCGGAGACGGGGCUGAGCCCAUCGGGGAAGGGGGUCCUGCUGGCCUUUGCUGCCAGCCUAAAGCUCCAGCACAGAACACGCUGCAGCCCGGGGCAGACACCUCUCCUCGCAGAGCAGGACCGUGCCAGCGCUGCACGGGGACCACGCUCCAUUUCAAAUAGUUUUUAACAUGGCCAUGGAAAGCCAAUUCUGCGGCUGGUCUCACCGUUCAAUGAAUGGCUUAAGCGCGAGUCUGGCCUCUGAAGAGCAUCACUGGGUGCGCGGGGGAGCUCAGUGCUGCUGCGGUGGGUGACUGGGGUGCAGGCAGCAGGCAGGGACCCGGCCAGGCGCGGGGUGGCUGGGGUCCCCCGCCAGACACCUGCCUGGCCUGAGAGCUGGCACAGCCGCGCAGGCACACUUCGCUUUGUUUUCCUGGAAUAAAGAUUUAGAGAAAAAAACACAUAUUGAUGUCGAGUCCUGGGCCCUGCCACCACAGCUGGGGCUGCCGGAGCAGGGACAGGCUUGCUGCAGCCCUGCCCUGACCUGCUCCAGGAGGGAUGGCUCCAGCAGUGACUGCAGCCCGUCACACCAGGGAGUGGGUAUGGCCAGGGAGCUCUGCCUGGCCCUUCCCACGUAAACCGCUCCCUGGGUCUUACCCAAGCACAUAGUGACGAGCCCUGAUCCCGUGCCAGUGGC